AUGAGGUAUGAGAAUGAGAUGCGCGAAAAUUGGACAUUUUACGGUUACGAAUUCACGAAGUGUCGUUUUUUGAACGAAGAAAAGUGUAAAGCAUCGGCCUCGGAAAAUUCAUCGCCCGGUUUGCACGAUCGUGAGGCUUUCGAAUUGGGUGUCAGAAUCACCUUGAUCUCAGUGAUUGAUAACAGAUUCUCCGUACUGUCUCGUACGCAGCAAGAGCGAAUGCUUGCCGAAAGUGUUAUCCUGGAGCCCGAUGCUACACUUGCACCAACCAGUCAUAACAGAAGCAUUAUUGAAGAUAUUUCCACAGUUUUCCCCUCCAGCCGUUUACUGUAA